UAAGUAAGGCACAGAGAUGGUGGGUGCGCCAAGUAAGUUAGGGAGAUCUUGGGAGAGAUGACCUAGGAGUGGCUAGAGAUUCGGAAUACGGUCGGUGUAUGGACCAGGAGUGGGCGGACAGGUGCUUGGAUUGGAGGGUAGAGACUGACUAGAAAUGACAGAAUACAAGUUAGUGGUGGUGGGAGCAGGAGGCGUUGGAAAAAGUGCAUUAACAAUUCAGCUUAUACAAAACCACUUUGUAGAUGAGUAUGAUCCAACUAUUGAGGACUCCUACAGAAAGCAGGUGGUGAUAGACGGAGAGACCUGCUUGCUGGAUAUCUUGGACACUGCUGGUCAAGAAGAGUACAGUGCCAUGCGUGAUCAGUACAUGAGAACUGGGGAAGGCUUCUUGUGUGUAUUUGCUUUAAACAACAGCAAGUCUUUUGCGGACAUUAACCUUUACAGAGAGCAGAUAAAGCGGGUGAAAGAUUCAGAUGAUGUCCCUAUGGUUCUUGUUGGUAACAAAUGUGACCUUCCUACCAGAACAGUGGAUACUAAGCAAGCACAGGAGCUGGCCAGAAGCUAUGGAAUUCCAUUUGUUGAAACCUCUGCAAAAACGAGACAGGGUGUAGAAGAUGCGUUUUAUACAUUGGUUCGGGAAAUCCAUCAGUAUAGAAUGAAAAAACUGGACAGCAGUGAAGACAGUAAUCAGGGCUGCAUUAGGAUGCCCUGCUGCCUUUUGUAGCCAGCUAUUGCUCCUAUCACCAAAGACCAAGAUUAAAGAAACCACUUUCGUAAGUCAGACUGCUACCAGAACUUCUCCACUUGAAUAAAAACCAGUUACCUCUAACUGAUGGUCUGAUCACUGAACAUUUGCCAUAUAUACUUCACAGCUAUAAGAAAACUAAAAACAUAUCUUACAAAAACUAGAGUCAGGUGAUAUGGCUCCAAGACUGUGUGGAAGUGUAAUGUGAAGUUAUUUCCUUACUAUAACCACAAAGAUCAUCUCAAGGGUUUAUACAACAUUAUUUGACCAUCUGGCUCUCUUGCAUAAGGACAAUGUUUUUUCCACCUUAAAGAAAAUUGCCCAUGCCUUAAGACUAAAUAUUUUAAAAGACCUUUUUUUAGUUAGUUGUAACAAAUUACCGUAAAGAAGCUGUUGGCUUCAUGUGACUUUUCAGUUUAUAUUGCAAGGACAAGUCUCAUUUCUGUAGUCGAGAAUACCAAAUUGGAAGCCAUGUGAAGAUUCUUAGUCUGACAUUGGCUUUCUGGACCACUGGAUACUAUAUAUUUGUUUGGAUUCAAGCUACAUAUGUGUUGAGGGUUCAAUAAUAUGGAUAUUUUAGACUGGAUGACUGUAAUUGUUUGGAUGGACCUUGAACAAUAUUUUUUUUUAUACCUUCUGCCUUACCUGCCUGGACAUUAGAGCCAGUUAAAAUUGAAAUACGAUGUUAAAAAAUGUAUAUGGAAAAAUAAUUUUCCUCAUCAAUUAUGAGAUUGUGUCAAGAUGAAUUAAAUCAGUAUUUGAGGUCUGCAGUAUCAAAGAAAAAAUUGUGAUGUAUUCAUAUAGUGUAACUAUACUUGCUGUCACUGAUAUCAAAUAGUUCCUUUAAAAUAUCUUGGCUAGAUUGUGUUCAAAAUUGAAACCACUUCAAAUGUGUUAGUUGCUGUUCAUUUCAUAGCCAUUAUGAGAGCAGCAAUAUGCUCAGUUUGCACAUUUUCCAUCAUAAAUAUCAAACAAAACAAAUAA